GUCGUUGAAUGUACUUCGCUGCUGCCCAUGCAAUUUAGCUCAGAAUAAUUAAAGUAAUUCCAUCCAGUCCUCAAUAUAUUCUUUUAUUUCAAUUAUCCGUAUAACACCAAGUGUUUAUGUGCCCAAAUGCACUUGAAAAAUAAAGGAAUAUGGCGCGUUAUUUACACUUCUGCGUGGCUCGAGUGCGAUAACGCUGACUGCUGAUAACGUCACGUGUCUCCUAGACUAGCCCUACAAGUGCCGAUGCCGCGUAGUCAGUUCCCAGAUGCUGAGUGACCGACCGUGUAUUGCGUGGGCCGCUUCAUAAGUUGUAUUCUUGGUCGACUUUUUCUUCUUAAUGUAGACUAACUCAGCUGACGGUGAUUGAGUGCUAUCGUGUAGAUGUUAGUGAGGAAUAGGCAUGAUGGAUUCGAACAAAAACGGUUGAGACAUGUUCAUCCUUUUUUUGUAUAAACGAUAAUUCCUAAUGUUAGUUCAUACCUCGAUCUAACGAAUAAUUACAUAGUUUAUAGCUUUAACUUGAAAUUUUCUUGAUGGUAUGUGUGAAAUUGAUGAGUUUCUAUUAUCUAACGAAUAAUGAAAAUGAAUAUUCGCUUAUUCUUGAAGUACACGGGACAAUGGACUCCUAAGCCAACAGUGAGCUUUUGCCUUUCUCAAGCAGCAUCGAGGUGGAACUGGCCGGUGAAGUUGGACGUGUUGGUUCUGAGUGCAAGUGAAAACGAUAAGGUUGAUUUCCGGCCAUUAAUUGCCCCUUACAGUGAAAAGAAAAUAGGGAGAUUUGAAUUCUUGAGUGCCUACAGGAGUUGACCUUGUCAGUCGAAAUAGAGUUUAGCCUUAGUUCUGGUGGAACCUGACGUACAUUUAUAAAUAAACUCGUUUGAAGAUGCUUCACAAAAGUUUCGGACGAAUUUUAACUCACUGACUGUAUUUUCCUUGAUAUCAUGUUAGGGAAAUCUAGAAAACGAUGUUUACGUUUAUUACUUGGCUUGGCUAUUUUAAUCCUUCUAUUAAAAUAUAUCAUCCAUGAAUGUCUUCAUCCUUCUUACAAACGAGAACAUCACAACAGAACGGCAGAAGAUGUGGCGCAGCUGGACGCGCGCCGAGCAGCGCGAGCGGCCGCAGACCAAGCGAGUUCUCUGCCAUGGCUGUACGUCAUCACGCCGACCGAUGCUUCGCUCUUCGCGAUUCCCGAGCUGAUGCGGCUGAGUCAGACUCUGUCACUCACACAUCGUCUGCACUGGAUCAUAGUCAUCACGGGGAAAAUAAAUAAGUUGCCUGGUCUUCCACCUGGCGAGGCGCUGCAACUUACGUCCCGAGAAGUUCCUCCGCCACUCGUCAGAAUGCUGGAGUUUAGUGCUCUGCCCUACACCCUCCUAAGAGGAUCAGCCGAGGCUCAUCAGUACCUGGAAAGCUGGAGCAUGGCGCUAGAUUGGCUACUUAGCAGCAACCUCCCACCGUCAGUUGUUGUAAUGUUCUUGUGUCAGACAACAACUGUUGACUUUAAUCUUUUUGAUCGGGUACGAAGGACGGUCGCCGUGUCGAGCUGGCCCGUGGCUCUACUGGACCGCAGCGGCAGCGUGGCACAUCCGCAAGCCUGGUUGACACGAGACGAGCCCCUCCAGGCCGAGUGCGCGCGAGCAGUGCAGCUAGAAGCUAUCGCUGUAGCGCUCAGACAUCUUCGUGAGACCGGUAUUCGAUUACAUUAUGAAUCUGCGUGCCCAGCGUCAAGGUUUUUGCACGAAUUGACCAAAUCAGCAUCCCUGGAAAUCUUCAACCCUCCGCAUGGCACCAACGAGGUAUACGCUUGGAAGACCCGGCAGGCCCGAGCGAGGAAAGAUAAGCUACGGCUAAUUCAAUCUGAAGAAUACAUAGGAUCUAACUUGGAGGAGCUGAAACAUGGUUUAAUAUUUUAACAAGUGCUUCAAACGCAGUAAGAAAGAUGAGUGCAUGUACUGCUCAUCUGCCCGAUCAUUAUUUUAUUUUUCAAAUGCAACAAUUAAAAAAAUGACGUUUCUUGAAUCGUAAUAUAAACGUAUUUGAAAUUUUCAAUGAAUUUUUAACAUAUUUGAAAUUUUAGAUCAAGAACGCAGCAUAAACAGUGGCUUCUGAGUGGACGCGUCAAUGUUUGCAUCAGUAUUUGAAUAACGGAGCUGUGUUCGAUAAAUUAUUUACAUAUGCUAUUGCAAAAUUCAUAAUUAUAAAUGUAAGCAUAAACUCGUAUGUAUUAUAUGUAUAUGUGCUCAUAAUUGUGUCCUUUUGCCUUUAAUGCGCAAAAAGUUCAUUAGAAUUAUUUUAAAUAUUCAUCCGCUCAGACAACUUUAAAGUUAGAAUAAAGUUGUACUUUUCAUACGUAUUCCUCGAAUUCUUUUUUAUUUGCCAUUUGCAUGCACGACAAAACUGAAUAGGGCAAUAAAAGGCAGCCAUUAAACAUCCUUUGUUCACACGUCAAUGAGAAGGCGACGAGAAGACGUCGUCGUAACUUCACACCUCGUCAAGUGUUAAGCAACUCGUCGCGUCACAAUAACUUAUACGUAUUUAAUUAAUUCAUGAUAUUAUUUGGAAUUUUCGUUGUACUCUACCAUGCAAUAAAAGCUGAACAAGUUAUAUAGUAAAACCCUCAGGCAGCUAAAUUGGUUCGAUGAUCUUCGUUUUGCAACGUAAUUUCAUUGUCUAUAUCAUCGUCAUAAAUAACUAUAUGGACACUGCAAACAACAGUACUUUUUAAUCAGUGUUAAAGAUUACCA